GCAGGCGCCGCUGCCUCGAGGCGCCCCCGACAUCCCGGUUUCCUCCAGCGCGCCACCACCACCAGCUUGUGCGUUUCCAGCCUCCCAGGAGCCGAGCAAGCUGCAACUCCCUUUAGGGGCUUGGAUUUCUGCCAUGGAGAUGCUUAACUGCAAGGGUGUUCGUUUUAGCUUGGUAGGUAUCAGUGCAACCAGAACCAAAAAGUUGAUAAAGGUAGGAUCCCAAUCUCAACGAUUUUACCGGGCAAUGACAAUAACAUGCUGUGAGUACUCUCCUGAUCCUGACCCUGCCAGUAAGAGGCAUGAAAGGUAUCAGCAACAACCACAAAAUGUUGAUCUCCCAGAAUUACACCCGAAGAACAAAAAGAAGCCCUUUCCAGUUCCAAUUAAGAAGAUGCUCCAAGCUUCCCGCCAAAAUAGGAGACUUGCACAGAUGAGGAUAGAGAAGCCUCUUGAGCCCCCAAAGAAUGGGUUGCUUUUACCAGAGCUUGUCCCUGUUGCCUAUGAAGUCCUUGAUAACUGGAAAGUGCUCAUCAGAGGCCUCUCUGAACUUCUGAAUGUUGUUACAGUUUAUGGUUGCAGAAAAUGCCCUCAAGUCCAUGUUGGCCCAGUUGGCCACGAGAUACAAGAUUGUUAUGGCUCAGGAAGCCAGCAUCAAAACAGUCACCACUCUUGGGUCAGGGGCACCAUCAAUGAUGUGCUCAUCCCGAUCGAAUCUUAUCAUCUUUUUGACCCAUUUGGUCGGAGGGUCAAGCAUGACACCAGGUUUGACUUUGACAGGAUUCCAGCAAUUGUUGAGCUAUGCAUUCAGGCUGGUGUCGACUUACCACAGUAUCCCUCAAGGAGACGAACUGCUCCUGUGCGGAUGAUUGGCAAGAAGGUGAUUGACCGUGGUGGAGUUAUCGAGGAGCCUAAGCCACAUCGAUCAGAGGACUGUGUAUCUCUUCUUGCUGAGCUUGACACACUUAGCAACCAACAGGGGCAGUCACCCGCGCCAUGCAACGUGAAAGAGCAUGCAGAGAUGACACUGAAAGCAUACUGCAAUGUCCGGGAGGGUGUGCGGAAGCUGAUGAGAAAGUACAGUGUAAAAGCAUGUGGGUACUGCUCUGAGGUCCAUGUCGGUCCAUGGGGACACAAUGUGAAGCUCUGCGGAGCUUUCAAGCACCAGUGGAGAGACGGCAAGCACGGGUGGCAGGAUGCGGUUGCCGACGAGGUCAUACCACCGAACUAUGUGUGGCAUGUCCCUGACCCUGCUGGCCCUCCUCUCAUAUCCUCUCUAAGGAGUUUCUAUGGCAAAGCUCCGGCUGUUGUCGAGCUAUGUGUGCAGGCAGGUGCUGAAAUACCUGAUGAGUAUAUACCAAUGAUGAGGACCGAUAUCGUCAUCCCAGACUCCAAGGAAGUUCGGAGGGCUGCAUGAAAACAAUGUUCUACCCUGCACUUCUGCAGUUGCCCAGAGUACUAAUUCCAGACAAAGUAGCUUGUUUGCACGCAUGCACUCAUGGUUGGGCCCUGUCAUACUGCUCGGCUAGCGGCAUAUACAUAGGCUGUAUUAUAUAGUAGGUAUGGCUGAACCGUGAUGAACAAUAAUCAAAUUGAUUCAUAAAUCUGGUAAAGGUAUUCAUCAAAAGAUGCACGACUUCAAGAAAGGAAGUGAAAAAGGAUGUCUUCUGCUAUGGUGUGUAUAAUCUUGUUUAAUGGAGGGGCAGAUGCUUUGUUCUUCCCUAUGCUAGACUGUGAGGCACUUACAAUGGCUCGAUACAGAUGGCUUCCCCCUUUCUCCGCCGGUAGUAUGCUUAAUUGUGAGGCUGAUUCUUGGGAUUAAACUAAUCACGGAGAUUUGUUCGGGCAUUUGUGCGCCUGGCUGUGAUUAAUCAUGGACUAAAAGAUGAGCCCACAGAUCACCACUCCCGGUGCGGCUCCAUGUAUACCAUCAGAUCAUCAGUAUACUGUAUUCUCUCUUGUA